GCACAGCUUUCUCAGGCUUUAAAUGGUGUUUCAGAUAAAGCAAAGGAAGCUAAAGAAUUUCUGGUUCAGCUGAAAAAUUUAUUGCAGCAGAUCCAGGAGAACGGGUUGGAUUAUGAAGCCUGUCUUGUCGCUCAGUGUGAUGCCUUGGUUGAUGCGUUAACACGACAAAAGGCAAAACUGCUCACAAAGGUGACCAAAGAACGUGAGCACAAGCUGAAGGUUGUUUGGGACCAGAUAAAUCACUGUACACUGAAACUACGCCAGUCAACGGGGCUCAUGGAGUACUGCCUGGAAGUUAUCAAAGAGAAUGAUCCCUCUGGGUUUUUACAGAUUUCGGAUGCUUUAAUCAAGCGUGUUCAGAUAUCUCAGGAACAGUGGGUCAAAGGAGCCUUGGAGCCAAAAGUGUCUGCGGAGUUUGACUUGACUCUGGAUAGUGAACCUUUACUGCAGUCAAUUCAUCAGCUGGAUUUUAUUCAGAUGAAAUGUAGGGUGCCACCCGUCCCGCUACUGCAGCUGGAGAAGUGUUGCACCAGGAACAACAGUGUGACGUUGGCCUGGAGGAUGCCACCUUUGAGCCACAACCCGGUGGAGGGUUAUAUCUUGGAACUUGAUGAUGGAGAUGGUGGCCAAUUCCGAGAAGUGUAUGUUGGCAAGGAGACUCUCUGUACCAUCGAUGGCCUUCAUUUCAACAGUACCUAUAAUGCAAGAGUCAAAGCUUUCAACUCAUCAGGAGUUGGCCCUUACAGCAAGACAGUUAUUUUACAGACGUCAGACGUGGCGUGGUUCACCUUCGACCCCUCCUCAGCUCACAGAGACAUAGUGCUGUCGAAUGACAACCAGACAGCCACCUGCAACAGCUACGAUGACCGGGUUGUUCUUGGCACAGCAGCCUUCUCCAAGGGCGUGCAUUACUGGGAACUGCAUGUGGACCGGUAUGACAACCAUCCGGAUCCAGCCUUUGGCAUUGCAAGGAUUAACGUCGUCAAGGACAUGAUGCUAGGCAAGGACGACAAGGCAUGGGCCAUGUACGUCGACAACAACCGCAGCUGGUUCAUGCAUUGCAAUUCUCACACCAAUCGGACUGAAGGAGGAGUUUCUAAAGGUGCCACCGUUGGUGUUCUCCUGGAUCUGAACAAGCACAACCUGACCUUUUACAUAAACGGGCAGCAGCAAGGACCUCCAGCGUUUGAAAAUGUCGAAGGUGUCUUCAUGCCUGCGUUAAGCCUCAAUCGAAACGUCCAGGUGACCCUGCACACGGGACUGGAGGUGCCACAAUGUGUAAAACAGCCCAAGUUGCCCAACAAUUAA